CGGAGUUUUCUGACGAGACGACCAACGCCACACGGAGACGAGACGACGGAGGAGACAGUAGACUCGCUGAAGGCAGGCAAAGCUGCUGUAUAUAAAGCUCGCUCACGGCUCACCGCUGGUGACCGCACAGCCAGCAGCUCCGUCCGCCUCCGCCCGUCGGAACUCGGAGAAGGCCUGCCUACCCCAGCUGCCCUUCCUACUCCCUUCCCUCCGCCGUCCUCCUCCCGCCGCCGUCUCGCAUCGCCGCCCCGCCUCGCUCCCGUCGUUCCUGGCCGCCGGGGGGCUUCCUUCUUCUCUGUCGCUGGCUACGCGCGUGACGAGGGAGGGAGGAGGAGCCGUAGCGCGUGGAUCCAGGGCCAGCGGCGUCCAUCCCGCGUGACAAGGGACAAGGAGACGGUUUUGUCUUUGGGUAGAACAUGUCGUGCUUUGCAUGCUGCGGUGAUGAAGAUACCCAAGUACCAGACACCAGGACUCAAUACCCAGGACACCAUCCAGCAAGGACAGAUGCAUACCGCCCUGCUGAUCAACCUCCCAAGGGUCCUCAGCCUGUGAAAAUGCAGCCAAUUGCAGUCCCUGCUAUUCCUGUAGAUGAGAUUCGGGAGGUGACUAAGGGUUUUGGUGAUGAAGCCUUGAUUGGUGAGGGCUCCUUUGGCAGAGUAUACUUCGGUGUUUUGAGAAAUGGUAGGAGCGCCGCGGUCAAAAAGUUGGAUUCUAAUAAGCAGCCAGACCAAGAAUUCUUGGCGCAGGUGUCUAUGGUAUCAAGGCUGAAGCAUGAAAAUGUUGUUGAGUUGCUUGGUUACUGUGCUGAUGGGACACUCCGCGUCCUUGCUUAUGAGUUUGCUACUAUGGGUUCUCUUCAUGAUAUGCUUCAUGGAAGGAAAGGUGUUAAAGGGGCUCAACCCGGUCCAGUCUUAUCAUGGUCACAACGUGUGAAGAUAGCUGUGGGGGCAGCAAAAGGCCUCGAGUAUCUUCAUGAGAAAGCACAACCCCAUAUCAUACACAGAGAUAUUAAGUCUAGCAAUGUUCUUCUUUUUGAUGAUGAUGUAGCUAAGAUAGCUGACUUUGAUUUGUCAAACCAAGCUCCUGACAUGGCAGCUCGGCUUCACUCAACUAGGGUUCUUGGAACUUUCGGAUAUCAUGCUCCUGAGUAUGCAAUGACUGGGCAACUCAGCUCUAAGAGCGAUGUAUAUAGUUUCGGAGUUGUUCUUCUUGAGCUAUUGACUGGAAGGAAACCUGUCGACCAUACAUUACCAAGGGGACAGCAGAGUCUUGUGACUUGGGCUACACCAAGACUUAGCGAAGACAAGGUUAGACAAUGUGUUGACUCAAGACUUGGAGGGGACUAUCCUCCGAAAGCUGUUGCAAAGUUUGCAGCUGUUGCCGCCUUGUGUGUUCAAUACGAAGCAGACUUCCGGCCAAACAUGAGCAUUGUUGUCAAGGCGCUACAACCCCUGCUGAAUGCGCAUGCGCGGGCGACUAACCCAGGAGAAAAUGCUGGGUCAUAAGCUUUGCUUCUCUCCCCCGCCUCUUGUAUGAUAGAUAAGUAAGAUAUAUGAGUCGUCGAUGUCGUUCUUGCGGACAUGUGGCUGGCAGCGUGUAACAUUUGUGAUUAUUCUUCCCCUGAGUUGUAAACAAGAUUCUUGUAUCCCCCACAAUAUUUGAUUCUUUCUAUCGGUUGCAAGAUGACCUGUUUAUUGGUGCUGUUUUUUCUUUAAGAGAUACCUAAGAAAAACUUGCAAGCUUUAUUA